GUGAAAGUGUCCGCAUAACACGGGGACGAUGAUCAAUUGCCUUGGAUCCUGGGCGUUUAUGAAGAAUGUUUUGUGGGAAAAGACUAUUUAAUCUCACGAUGGUCGUGUGUCCCGGAAUGCAACACGUAUGAUGUGAUGUACAGGCUGAAGAGAUCAAUACACCAGCCUUUUGCUACCGCUUCGGGAGAAUUUUAGAAGCGGUUAAGUUUAGUUUAGUGGGUGCGAUCCAGUUAUCCUUUCUGUGGUUGAAUUCCAUGCGGAUCAUUUUGAUUUGGUCUCUUUCGUACAGCACUGUUAGCUACGACGCGAACAACGAAAAGUGUUUCCGUGUGUGCUGUGUGGAAAGCCGAUUAGGAUUUAAUUUGUGGCGUGUUUUGGUACCCGCCUGACUACCUCAAUAAAUAAACAGCGGCGAACGGUACGAAGAUGUCCUCAGGAACGGGUGGUGGUGCCAGCAGCAGUAGUGCCGGUGGUGGAGGACCCGGCAUCGGAGCUGGCAGCAGUAGCAGCGGUAGCAGUAGCGGCAAGAAAAGACUCGCCACCCUGAACGGCAUCCCGACGAGCGUCGACGAUAAGACGAACGAUUUUCUCUGCCCGAUCUGCUUCGACAUCAUCAACGAGGCGUACAUCACGCGCUGCGGCCACACGUUUUGCCAUCAGUGCAUUGCGCGGUCGAUCGACGUCGCGAAAAAGUGCCCCAAGUGCAACUAUCCGCUCGCGUCCCACGAGCACAUUGUGCCGAACUUCCUGCUAAACGAGCUCAUCACCAAGCACCGGUUGAAAGGAGGGGGUGGGGGUGGUGGUGGUGGUCUCCUGCAUCGGCACAAAUCCCUGCCCGGUGAACACUCACCCCAGCUGCAUGGGGGAACCGGCGGCGGUGUGUGUGGUGGUGGUGACGCGACUGCUGGCGGUGAAGGCGACACAUUGAAGCACUUUCUGGCGACGGAAUCGAAAAAGCUGUCCCUCUCGGACGUGAACGUGAUGCUGGAGAUACUGACGCAGCGCAAAACGUUGCUGGAGGCGGAAUCCUGUGCCGCCCAGAACCGGCUGUUGCACGAAUUUCUGAAACAUCUGCUCAAGCAAAAGGAGCAACAGCAGCUGCAGAUCGCGAACGAGAUUGCGCUGAUCCGGAACGAUCUGUUGGACGUGGAGAAGGUGCUGAAGGACGUCCAGAGCAGUUGCCCGACGGUGGCGGAGGUGGAACAGAGUGUGCGUGACGAGAAGGACGAAAAUGUGGUUGCGAUCAAGCGGGAAAUUAUACAAAUCAUAGACACGAUCGAUAAUAUUGCGGUGCCGUCAAAUCGAUCGCUCAUCGACGAUACGUGCUCGAAUGUGACCGAAUCGUAUGAGGGUUUUAACCUGCACGGUGCCCGCCGUGGCCAGGGUGGAUCGCUUUCCGGCGGUUCACUAUCAUCCACACCGUCUUCCUUUCUGGCGCGAAAGCAGCGAAUGUAUCAACAUUUCGAUGAUUUCGUCCAGUGCUACUUUGCGGCCCGGAGUGAAGAUCUCUACUUCGGGAAGGAUCGUUCCUGUAGCUCCGAUUCGCUCGGGGUUGGAGAGCGAUCUACCUCGAGCGGUGCUAGCAUCGGUACGGGAAUCGGUGGUGGUGGAAGCUUAAACAGUGACCGAUUAAUGGGUGGCAUACAACCGGCGGCAGCAACCUCGAACGCCUCCAGUCAGUCCAAUCUCGAUACUACGCGAUCCAGUGGCCGCUCAUCGCUCGACACAUUCCGGGAAAGUUUGAUAAAGUUUUCCAAAUAUAGCGCACUGCGACCACUGGCCACACUCAACUAUUCGAACGAUUCGAACUACGUCUCGACGAUCGUGUCGAGCAUCGAGUUUGAUAAGGACAGUGAAUACUUUGCGAUCGCGGGCGUUACGAAACGGAUAAAAAUUUUCGACUACUACACGGCCAUUCGUGACGCGGCAGUAGACAUCAACUAUCCGAUCAACGAGAUGACCUGCAACAGCAAAAUAUCGUGCGUCAUCUGGAACAGCUACUUUAAGCAGGUGCUGGCGUCGAGUGAUUACGAAGGUAUCGUCACGAUCUGGGACGUACUGACGCGCACGCGUACGAAAACGUUCGAGGAGCACGAUAAGCGAUGCUGGUGCGUGGAUUUUAACGAAGUCGAUACGCGCCUGCUAGCGUCCGGAUCGGACGAUGCGCGGGUUAAGCUGUGGUCGCUAAAUGUGGACCAUUCCGUGGCGACCAUCGAAGCGCGGGCCAACGUGUGCUGCGUGAAGUUCAAUCCAAAGAGCUCCUGCCAUUUGGCGUUCGGCACGGCGGACCAUUGCGUGAACUAUUACGAUCUGCGCAACCUAAAGCAACCGCUCUGCCUGUUCAAGGGCCACCGGAAGGCGGUGUCGUACGUGAAGUUUCUCAACACGGACGAAAUCGUUUCGGCCAGCACGGACGGUCAGCUAAAGCUGUGGAACAUCAACUCACCGCCGUUCUGUUUGCGCUCCUUUACGGGACACAUUAACGAGAAGAACUUUGCGGGGUUAGCGACGAACAAUGAUUAUCUGGCGUGCGGUAGCGAGGACAAUUCGCUAUGCGUGUACUACAAAGGUCUUUCGAAGCAGCUGUUUAAUUUAAAGUUCUCGAGCGGCAGCAGUGGUAAUGGUGGGUCGACCAGUGCGGCCGGAACCGGUAGCAGUAGUGGCAUCGGUAACAGUAGUUCGCGCACAAGCGGUCUCCAGUCGACGGAUAUGGAGCGUAGCAACUCGGAGGGGAAUGAGUUUGUGUCGGCGGUUUGUUGGCGAAAGCAGAGCAAUAUUAUUAUUGCUGGCAACAGUGAGGGUGUAAUUAAGAUACUGGAAAUAGUGUAGAACGUACGUACCGUAAUGCAAGCGAAGGUUCUUGCUACACUUUGGUAGGUGUUACGGAAAUAUCGAUAAUUGAGGUACGCAAUAAGGGUAGGUUACAAAACAAAACGAUGAAACUACUAGCUGCAAUAUGCAAUAAAGGGAGGGAAACGUUGUUUAGUGAAUGUUUCAAUCCAACACAGUGGGUUGUUAUUUUGUGGGGGUAAGGGACAAGCAAUAAAACUUGAUCGUGUUCCGGGAUUUCAUUCGAUCGCGCACAAGUCGUCUAAAGGAAAACCCCGUAUGCUUUUUUUUAAAGGUAAAACAUCAAACAAGCAAGCAUGUAUUUACCCAGUGACACAUGUACAUUACAUUUAGAACAUGAUCAUCAAUCACUGUAAUCCCCGAGGCAACGCGAUUAUGAAACUGAAAUCGUUCCGUUUACAGUUUAGUGUUAGUUUAGUGCAUUAGAAGUUACGAAAAUCAUACGAUGAUGAUGCAUAUUGCAUCUGACAUGUAGCAUGUACAUUUCGUUUGCUAGACAGAUAGGCAGAGCGUCAGCAGAGCGCAUUCCUUUGCAUUCAUUUUAGUUAGAGAGUUCGUGUUGUUCGUGUAGUCGGUUGUUUUAGUUAGAUACAGAUUGUUGACUGUAAGAUUUGUUGAUAAUUUUCCAAAUGUCCUUUUUAAAACCUUAACAGCUGCUGCUCGUUUCUAGUUUUAACUUUAACCAUUACGCAAAUCACGUUUAAAAUUGUAUGACACUUGUUUGUAAACGGGGGGAAGACCAACCAUGUCUUUUGUUAAUGAAAAGACUAGUGUGUAUAUGAAAUGUGAGUGAGGCAAAACAUUAAGGAAAAUGAAUUCUUGCCUCUUGGCCGUAUUUAUUGUUGCAAAACCAACCUGAAAAGGGAUUCAGAGAGAUAGAGGAUGGAUAGAGGGUGAUAUGAAUAUAGAGAAGAGAGCUUUGCUAUUUUUGUACAGUAGAUAAUAAUUGUAGACAGAUGUGUGUAACCCAUGUGGCUUUUAAAGGGUAAUCAGUGUGGAGAGGUAAAUAAGAACGAAUUGUAACUAAUAUAAUUUCAGUUGAAAAUGAAUGUUCUCGAACCUUUAAACGGUACUGCUGCAGUUCGUUACAAUCGUUUCGUCCACUUAAUUAUUUUCAUAUUGCGCGCAGUUCGAGUGUGAGCGCAUUUCCUUGAAUUACUACACGAAAUAAAGAAUCCGUUCAAAUCUCUUUCAUACGUUUUCAAGCCGUUCUUGAAUGUUUCCUUUAUCAUUUAAGUGGAGCAAUUUUAAACGGGAACCGCAGAAUCGUUUCUUAAUAUGUUUUCAUGCACUUGCUUU